CUUCUCUGAGGAAAUGGACGAUAGCGAUACAGCAGCCUCACGUUUUUAAAAAAAUACGCAUUUCUAUUAAAUUGUAUUAGCUCGGUAAUGAUUAAAAAACUACUUUCCAAGAGUAAUCAAGGGAAAUGCUGGAUCGACAUGAGUAGAGACAGUUUGAAGUGAGCAGGACUGCGCCACCUAGCUGUCAUGAAGAUAUGUCAACUGCCCGCGUGUUUGUUUCUGGUUCUAACCAGCCAGUUAUAUACAAUAUCAGGACUUGGUGGAAACAAGACAAUGAAGGGAAAUUGUCGUGAAAAUGAAUACUGGAAUAAGAAAGGAUUCUGCUGUGAUAAAUGUCAUCCAGGGUUUAAGUUAAAAAAGGAAUGCCAUGCAGAGAACAUGAGGUCAGAAUGUGAGAAAUGUGAUGAAGGAACCUACCUGGAACAAGCAAACUAUUACCCAAACUGCUUCAGAUGCCAGGAAUGCAAAAAACCCCAUUUCAUCGAGUCUUCACCCUGCACACCCUACUCCAACAGGGUGUGUGAUUGUUUGCCUGGUUAUUACAAGAAGAAGCUAGGUGAUUUAGGAUGGGAAUGUUCUCCCUGUAAAACGUGUGGCGAUGGGCAAAUUGAAAUUCAGGAAUGCACUAAGGAAGAGAAUACACAGUGCAAAUGCCAGGAAAACCAUUACCCUGCUAGUAAAAACUCUUGUAAGCUGUGUGAUAAAUGUCAGUCAGAAUGUGAUCACCUAUGCAAAACCAGCAUCCCCUCAGUCUUUUUCAUAUCUACUACGCCAAAUAGUCCUGAAGACACGGUACCUCAAGUACUAGUUCCUGUUUGUGCAAGUAUCAUGGUUCUAUCGUUAGCUGUUUUUAUGGCAUAUGAAGGCAUCAGACAUUGGCGAAAGAGGGUACAAGCUUCGUCAUCUCAGUCAUCGUCACCUGCUAGGGAAGAAGAGCCAUUAUUCAUCACUGUGGUGCAGGACUCAAAAAAUGAGAGCGUAUCAUUCACAAAUCAGCCGUGUGAAUCCAAACCUCUAAAGAAUCUCCCAGACUGCAUCCCAAGAGAGAUCAAAAUUCACGAGUUCUUCUAUUUUGUGCUGGACGAGGUCCCUAUCGGACGAUUUAAAGAGCUUGUACGUCGACUUGGAGUUUCUGAGCAGAACAUUGACCGGGCAGAACAAGACCAUCGGAACUGCAAAGACGCCCAGUAUCAGAUGCUGAAGGUUUGGAGUGACGGUGGCAGUGGAGGAGGGAACAAUGUUUUGCCGUAUGACCAAAUCCAGAUGCUCAUAGGAACACUGAAAGACAUGUGUCUGGUUAGUUGCGCAGAUAACAUUGAGAACAAGUUCCUUUCACAGUACACAAGCGUUUCGUUAUGAGGACAUCGGAGGAGAAUGGAGAACAGGGCAUUAACAGAGAACUUCCACUCGUUCGCAUUGGAUUUCAUUGAAAGUGGAAGUCUCAAGAGCAAGACACCAAAUCAGACGUAUUUCCAGACUGAAAAUUUCACACUAAAAUGUUUUUUAACUUGUGAACAUUCUGUGUUCUGUGUUUAAUGACCUAUGCACUUGUUUUAUAUUAGAUGUAUAUAUUUAGUCAAGGAAAAUUUAGAGCUAUUUUUUAAUAUCUGAAUGGGUGGUUGGGUCAAUGGGAUUUGGGUGAUUUCUGCAAGUCUUACAUUUAAUGAAACAUGUCCUGGUCACAUUUCACAGUAUACAGUGCUCAGCAUAUAUAAGUAUACCCUUCACAAAUCUAUCUUUUAAAUUCAUAUUUUUAAUAGGAAGCUAUACAAUAUUAUAUUUGUGCAUAUACAUUAGAUUAGUCAGUACUGAAGGCAAAUCUGAAGCUUAUCUAACAAAAUAGCUUACGAUAACGACCCAAAAACUAGUACACCCAAAUGUAUAUGUUAUUGAAAAAUAUUAAAUACAAAUUUUAAAAAGAGGAAAAAUCAAGAAAAGCAAAAACAUUUAAUGAUUUAGUUGAAUUUUUGUAGGUUGUAUAUUUUUUUUUUGCAAUAUUUUGCUUGAAUUUAAUUGUCUUUAAAUCUUUAAAUUAUCUUUCAAUUUCUAAGUAUGUUUGGUGACAAAAAUUUUAUUUUAAUAAAUAUAUCUGUUUAAUAAAUCUGUUUUGUUUAAAUGCACCAAAAUACAUUGCCUAUAUUCACUGAGAAAUGGAUCAAAAUAUUGAUUUUCAAAAUGGGGUGUACUCAGUUAUGCUGAGCACUGUAUUUGUUUUCUUUCAUUUCUUGUAUUCUUAUACUUUCAUUUUCUUAUAUUCUGUUAUGUCCUCUGAUUUUGGCAGCAAUUUCUCUUUGUUAUUACUUUAAGCAUAAAAUCCUUUUUUUAUUUAACUGUUUUGGGGGUGAAAAUGACCCGGGCAUGUUGUCAUAUAUUAGUUUAUGCAGUAAUAUAUGCACUGAAUUUAAAUGUAUAAGAGCAGAGCUGUUAAUAAUUGCAUUUGUGUUGCACAUA